GCAGGACAGCGUCUGGGAAUGAAGCUGGUCUCUGCAUUUCCUGGACUAAGUGUGUGACUAGGAGCCCCAUUUAUCACCACCUAACCCAGAGACUACGCUGAAUUUGGAGCUGACAGCUUCUUCAUGAGGUCUUCUGGGGUGGCUUCCCUGCAGCCUCUGACUAUUUAUCACCACAGUGAGCCUAAAGGUAUUGCCUAGCAGGAAACCAUGGGCAAUUUCAAAGGGCAUGCCCUCCCUGGAAGCUUUUUCCUUCUUUUUGGCUUAUGGUGGUCAGUGAAGUACCCACUGAAGUACGCCUGUCGAAAAAACAAGAAUGCUUGCUACCUUGGCUCCAGGGCAGGAUUCCAGCGCCUGGAGUUUGUUGAAGGCAUCAUCAAAGCUGUCUUUGCCCUCAUUGGGAUGGUGGCUGAGCAGUUUGUUCCUGAUGGACCUCAUCUGAAGCUGUACAACUACGAGAAGAAGCACUGGGAUCACCUGAUGAACUGGCAGCAUGCCACCAUGUACCUCUUCUAUGGCAUUUCAGGGCUGGUGGACAUCGUGGCACACGGGACCAACGCCCUGCCAGCAGCCACGGACAGGAUGAUGCUUUCCUUAGCAGUCUUUAUUGAAGGUUUUCUUUUCUGCUACCAUCUUCAUGGGAGAGCCAUGCUGGAUGUUCAUGUUCAUCAGUUACUGCUAUUUGCUGUCUUUGGAGCUGCUGCCUGCAUAUUUUUGGAAGUUUUUUUCCGUGGCAGUAUUGUGCUAGAGAUGCUCCGUACUAGCCUCUGCAUAUUACAAGGCAGCUGGUUCUGGCAGAUUGGCUUUGUUCUUUAUCCUCCAAAUGGGAGCCCAGAGUGGAAUCAGAUGGAUCACACUAACAUGAUGUUCCUGACCAUGUGCUAUUGCUGGCAUUAUGCCUUUGCUUUUCUAAUACUUGCAGUGAAUUACACAAUUGUCAGCUGGGCAGUCCGUUUGAAGGUUAAGCAGUCCCAGUCCAUGGAGAUGGGUUUACUGAAAACAUCUGAACGAGAUCACGAGUCAGAAGAAGAAAUUUAGCAUGAAUAUGGAUUGACCAGUUCAUCCACUCCAACCAUUAGGCUAAUUGAUACCUCAUUUCUACAUAUUUUUUUGCCAUCUUAUUCAUUCUUUACUACAACUUGCUUCACAAAUAUCAAUCCCCUAUGAUGUCAACAUUUAAUACACAGUUAUAUACAUAUUUUUUUUUGUGAAGGGUAAGCUUGAUAUGGAUUUAUGCUGGUUGCACUAAUACCUUGCAUCUCACAUGCUUCAAAGAAAAUCAGACUAGUGUUAGACAGACUUGGCGUGGAUGAGGCGGCACAAUGAAGUCUGUAUGUUUACCUCAUUAAAAGCUAAGCAAAAUUCUUUUCAGCCACUGCUGGACAUAAAGUUUCCAUAAUUAGGGUGUCUAGGUAUGCAUGUUGCUUGCCCUGCAAGUACCUGUGGAUAAACAACCGUGCAGACCCGGAAAACAGCAGAACAAGAUAAAGAAACCACAGUCUUGUCUUGUGUAACAACUUUGUGUCUCUGCUUGUGUGUCUUUAAGUUAAACAGAAAGAACUUCUCACUGUGAGCAUAUCGAGUGUUCAUUGAAGAGUUUGUAGUGUGUUCACUCCCCCCAGAGACACUACCAAGCCUGCCAGGAGGACCAAAGAUGUGUAAUAUGAUCAAAAACCAGUGUUUCAUGUUGUUCAUGCUUGUGCCUAGACAGUCCUGUGUCUUUGCUGUCCUUUGACUUUGCAAGGCCCUGGAAGUGGCUCUGCCUUCCCUUGGUGCCUGGAACAAUUUCUUUUCCAGAAAGGCUGAGGGGUGUCCAGUCAAGCAGCACCUAACUACAAAACCAGCUUGUUUCCCAGUGUUGUUUUCUUUCCUUUGAUGGAAUUGGAUGGUUUUCUGCAGGACUCAGAGCAGACACGUGGCCCACCCCCUGAGUCAGGAGUGGGUAAUUCUGCUCUGUGGGCAGGAUAAGAGGGUUUUGCAUCUCUUUCCCUGUGUCACCCCCUCAGCCACCAGGCAGCCUGACAGCGCUGCACAGUGAGCUGUGGGAGGGCAGAUGUUGCCUUCUCAGUAGCUCCAUACCUAGCUACCAACACCAGUGAGGGAAUUAAAAAAUAACACCAUUUUUAAUGGCAUUUAUUUUCUCUGUGAAAACUGAUCUAGUGGAAAGCACAGUGUUCAUGGCCAAUGGCAGCAAACUGAUUGAUUAAAAAAGCUAGCUAAUAAAAUAGUUAGUACCUCAAAGGGAUCCCAAAACACAAAAAAAUCCUUUCAGGGUUUUUCUAAAACUACUUUACCUUCAAUGUAACAUAAAUAUUUACUUCACUUUUAAGAUCUACCUUUUAUCUCCCUUUUUUUCAAGGAGCACCUUUCUUAGCUGUUAAUGCUGUAUUUUAGUCUGUCAGUUUUGUCAGUGCCUUUCCAAAAUCAGUGGUGUUGUUUAUUCUGAAGGAGAUCAUCAGAAAGUACUUUGCUUCUCACAGGCAGGAACAAUGCAAAUUUCUUCACUGCUUUUCUUGAUAAAUACAUUUAAUGCCGUGCAAAUGUUAAGGUGCUGUAUCUCUAAAUUAAAGGGAUAACUUAAGCAGGAUGGAAAGCACAAUAAACUGUCUGAGCUUUUGUAUGUCUUCUUAGAAGACUUCAGUUGUUAAUUUUUAAAAUUAUUUUAGAUGUUUGCCAAGUAUUGUGAAGUAACACCUGUGACCAGGUGUCAGAUUAUCCAGAUGAAUCUUCUUUGGAAAGCAAGAGCAGUUGGCUCACGUAGGUUUCUACAUUUACAAAUGUCAAAGAGGAAAUUGCACGUUGUUAGCCAAAGAUCACUGCUUUUCUUAGCAGCCCCUUUUCAGUGCCUUUCUCUGAAGGCUCUUGGAGAUUUUGGCAAGCUUUAGCAAAGCCUGGUUUUGGACAUUCUGGUAUUGGUAUGGUUUGUAGCUCCGUGUCUCAGUUUACAGCGGUCUUUCUACAGAAUGAAAUAACUGUAUUUACUCCACUCUGCAAAUCUAAGACUUGAGUUUGAUUACUGUGGUUCCAUUAAAAUCAGAUUUUCUGUGGCAGGAAGAUCCAUGGCUUCCCUGAGGAUCUUGCCAGUUAAUUGCAGCAGGGAUACAUUUGCCAAAUGUAUCCCUGUUAUGAUCUUACCCUCGCUGCGCCGCAUCACUGCUGUCUCUAAAUUGUGGGGAUUUUUUUUAAAGGGCAAAUCUUUCUGCCUGUUAGAAUGCUUGAGCCACAAAGCUUCUGUAGUGCUGGGCAGA